AUGCUGCUUCCUGAGCAGGAGCUAAACAUUUACGUCGGCGAGAAGCUCAAUUACUUCAGACAGUCAGUAGCGAACGGAACUGCACUUAUGGCUGGCGGAUAUUUACCGAGCACCUUGUCAAUGUUCACAAUAGAUUUGAACAGCGAGUUGCAGAUGUUGGCCUAUCUGAGGAUCCUCAAUUGCACUCAGGGAAAUCAGACUGUACCUGACAAAGAAGUCUCGAUGAAUUAUUUCUCCACUGGUUACUUACCAUCCUCCAUAACUAGUGAAAUGGUGGCAGACAUCGCGCUUGGCCAGUGGGAGCUACAACCGCUUACAUAUGGGAUAGGAAACGACGUCAUGUACACCAACGAAAAGUUGCAGGAAUUCGCUAACAUGGUCCACUACAAAUCGACUGAGUAUGGAUGUCAUUAUCAAGUGUGCAACAAUGCAGGAAUGCCGCCAAUGACUGCGUUUGCCUGCGUGUUUAACAAUCCACCGAUGAUGAACGAACCGCUCUACAUCGCGUCCACACAAGGUCAAGUGGAUGGCUGUAAUGACGAUAGCAACUGUGACCAAUAUAUGCCUUUUGCAAAAUGUCAUACCACAGCAUCAGAGCCGGAGAAUUUCUUCUAUAAAGGCCUUUGUUAUUCAACCAACGAGACGAUGUUUAUUACAUCUGCCACUGAAGCCACUUCUGCAUCUACCACUGAAAUGGCCACAGAAGAGAGUACUACAAUGGCUGAAACGACUGAAGCAUCGUCUAUGACAACUGAAGAAACAACUAUGACAACCGAGGAGACGUCCAUGACAACUGAGGAGACAACUAUGGGUAUGACGACUGAAGAAACGACUAUGGGUAUGACGACUGAAGAAACGACUAUGGGUAUGACGACUGAAGAAACAACUAUGGGUAUGACGACUGAAGAAACAACUAUGGAAACAACCAUGGGUAUGACGACUGAAGAAACAACCAUGGGUAUGACGACUGAAGAAACAACCAUGGGUAUGACUGAAGAAACAACCAUGGGUAUGACGACUGAAGAAACGACCAUGGAAGCAUCAACAACAACAACACCCUUUUAUAAUCCCAUGACAGACAUAAUUCGCACGAAUAUUACCAACAUGCACAAUUAUCGCAGGUCAAGACUCGCCCAAGGAUUAGUCCCGAACGGUAUGACAGGCAAAAAGCUUCCCCAAGGAAUGAAUAUUUUUAACCUGACGUACAGCUUGACAUUGGAGCACGCCGCUCAAGCUUACGCGAACACCUGCCCAUCCAUGGGCUCCGGUACUCAAGGCGAAAACUUUGCAACGAUUUCGACCAGCGAAGCUGAUUCAACCCUCGUAGCACUUUUCAGAGCAAUACAAUCCUUCUGGCGUGUGAUCAAAACGCAGAGCAUCACCGAGGAUAUGGUGGUCAGGAACACGCUUCUUCAAAGAAAAGACAUGCUUCCAUUUACGCAGAUGGCAUGGGCUAAUACCUACGAAUUCGGUUGUGGUGCUAAGCUUUGUGGAAACUACUACGCCGUUGUGUGCCGCUACAAUACACCUGGCAACAUACUUGGUUUCACUAUCUAUGACGUCGGCCCAAUGUGCGGUGAAUGUCCUGACAUCUGCACAACAGCGUAUCUGUACAAGGGACUUUGCCCGUAUCAGGAAGUUUACUGA